AUGUCGCACCUACCACCCGACAACGCACGUUCCCCCGUCGUCCUCGACCUGCAGCAGUCCAACUACGCCAAGUGGCGCAUGCUCAUCACCGUCCUCCUCGGCAAGUACGAGCUCAUGGACCACAUCUCCGCCGUCACGCCGCCGGACGCUCGCACCGCCGAGUGGCAGCGCCAGGACUACGUCGUCCGCUCGUGGCUCUACGGCUCCAUCAGCGACGACAUCCUGGACACCAUCAUGGCCGAAGAUCAGACCGCGUAUGACACCUACGCGCUGAUCCGGAACCUCUUCCUCGACAAUCAGCUCACCCGGGCCGUCUACCUCGAGGCACAGUUCCGGGCCCUCGUCCAGGGCGACCUCACCAUCACCGCCUACUGCCAUCGCCUGAAGGCCCUCUCCGACGCGCUGGCGGACGUGGGGCAGCCCGUGACUGACCAGACCUUGGUCCUCACCUGCCUUUGGGGUCUGAACCCGCGCUUCUCCGACAUCACGACCCUCGUUACGAUGCAAGUUCCGGCUCCCACCUUCCUGCAGACGCGCUCCAUCCUCCUUCUACGCGAGAACCAGCUUGCCAACGCUGCUCCCGGUGGCUCCCUCUCGUCUCAAGUCGCUCUAUAUGGCAAUACCGCCGGGUCCUCCACCGGCGGCAACCCGGGCGGCCACGGCAACUUGGGCGGCCACGGCGGCCGCUGGUCGAAGAAGAAGAAGAACGCCGGCGGGGGUGCAGCCAACUCCAACACCACUCACCCCCCCGCGGCACCUGGCCCGUGGAUUUGCUUCAAUCCGUACACCGGCCAGACCCAGCAGAUGCAGCCCGCCUGGCGCCCUCACGCCGCGCCGGUUCCUCCUGCCGGGGGCACUGGUCUCCUCGGGCCGGCUCCGCGGUCUGCCUCUCCAGCGCCGCCGCCCCGUCAGUCUACCUGGGUGCCCCCAGGUCAGGUCGCCUACACGACCCAACUGGCACCGCUGCAUGGCCAGGCCUAG